CCCGGGUCUAGAGGCAGUUACCUAGUUUGGUGGGUAGUGGGGGAUCCACCUGGGCUUGAGUGGCUGAGGGCCCGGUGGGUGUCAAGAUGACGGGCCGCGUGUGUCGGGGUUGUGGCGGCACAGACAUCGAACUAGACCCAGGCCGCGGCGAUGCGGUGUGCACGGGUUGCGGCUCUGUGUUGGAGGACAACAUCAUCGUGUCUGAGGUGCAGUUCGUGGAGAAUAGCGGCGGCGGCUCCUCGGCUGUGGGGCAAUUUGUCUCCCUGGAUGGUGCAGGCAAAAUUCCAUCAGUAGGAGGAGGCUUCCAUGUGAACCUGGGAAAGGAAUCCAGAGCCCAGACUCUUCAGAAUGGCAAGCGUCAAAUUCAUCACUUGGGAAAUCAGUUACAACUAAAUCAACAUUGCCUUGACACGGCAUUUAAUUUCUUCAAGAUGGCAGUGAGCAAACAUCUUACACGUGGAAGAAAAAUGGCACAUGUCAUUGCUGCAUGUCUUUACUUGGUUUGCCGCACUGAAGGGACACCUCAUAUGUUACUUGACCUCAGUGACCUUCUACAGUAUCUUAAUCCUUUUCCAGUGGAGAUGAGUGAAUCAUUGCUUCUGGGGAUGGACAAAGAAAAGGUGAAUGUUUAUGUGCUGGGGAAAACAUUUCUUCUUUUGGCCAGAGAACUCUGCAUCAAUGCUCCAGCAAUAGAUCCAUGUCUAUAUAUUCCUCGCUUUGCACACAUGUUGGAGUUUGGAGAAAAGAACCAUGAAGUGUCCAUGACAGCCCUGAGACUACUUCAGAGGAUGAAGAGAGACUGGAUGCACACAGGGCGCCGGCCCUCAGGCCUCUGUGGAGCAGCACUUCUAGUUGCAGCAAGAAUGCAUGAUUUCCGACGAACUGUUAAAGAGGUUAUCCGAGUGGUUAAAGUUUGUGAAUCCACAUUAAGAAAGAGGCUAACAGAAUUUGAGGAUACACCUACCAGUCAGCUGACCAUAGAUGAAUUUAUGAAGAUUGACUUGGAAGGCGAAUGUGACCCACCUUCUUUCACAGCUGGGCAAAGAAAGUUAAAGAUAAAGCAGCUUGAACAGGCCUUAUCAAAAGAACUUGAGGAUGUGGAAGGUGAAAUAUCAAGCUACCAGGACGAGAUAGAGAUUGAAUUAGAGAACAGUAGGCCGAAGGUGAAAGGAGCACUUGCACAUUUCACUAAAGAUGAUUCCAUAGAUGAUAAUACUUCCAGUAUAUUUGGAGAAGAAGAAGCAGAAGAUGAAGAACUAGAAGCAGCUGCAAAUCAUUUAAAUAAAGACUUUUAUAAGGAGCUUCUUGAUAGAAACAGAUUGAACAGUGAUGAUGAUCUAAGUUGUGGAAAUGGAUCCUUAGACCCAAUUAAGCCACCAGCUUUAGAAACUUUACUUGGUCCUCUGCCUACUGCAGCCAGUUUGGGAAUCACUGAAUCCAUCAGAGAAUGCAUUUCACCACAGAGCCGGGAACCCAAUGAAAAUUCAGGAGAUGGUGAAUUAGAUCUUAAUGGAAUUGAUGACAGUGAAAUCGACCGGUAUAUUCUUAAUGAAAAUGAAGCACAAAUCAAAGCUGAACUGUGGAUGAAAGAACAUGCUGACUACGUAAAAGAACAAAAAGAAAAAGAAGCAAGGAUAGCAAAAGAGAAGGAACUUGGCAUUUAUAAGGAACACAAGCCCAAGAAGUCUUCCAAAAAACGGGAACCAAUUCAGGCCAGUACUGCAGGAGAAGCCAUUGAAAAGAUGUUGGAACAAAAGAAAAUUUCAAGUAAAAUUAAUUACAAUGUACUAAGGGACUUAAACAGCAAAGGAAGUAUGACCCCUAAGAGGGAGAAUGAGCAGCCUAAUGAUAACAGCAGCACCAAGAAGUUGGCACGCAGAAAAUGUCCUGCAAGUAGAACUCUAGCAGACCCUGUCAGCAGCAGCAUGGGAAAAAGAUUGAGACCAUUAGUUUCUACACAACCAGCUAAAAAGACUCCAACAAAAGAGGUGUCACUUCUCAAUUCACGGACAGACGCUACAGAACUUGCAAAACCUCCAAAUAUUGUGGUUGAAAGUGGGCCAGUACUAUAUAAUCAUGAAGAUGAUGUUGAAGAAGAAGAGUUAGAAGAAGAGGAGGAUCAUUGCAUGAGUGCCCUUCAAUUAAUGGGAGGAAAUGAUUAUGGCUGUGACUUGGAUGAUGAUGAUGGCUACUAGACUUAAGCUUCUGAGGGACUUGUAACCAUGUCUUGAUAUUGGACAUAUCUUUUGAUCGUGCGAAUGGUGAAAGGAGUUUCUGGAUUACCCUGUGUUCAUGAACAGCCUAGACUUUUUAAAAGAUAAUUUUAGUUGCAUUUUGUGUUUAAUCAGUUUAUAUUGACCCAUAACUCAGAGACGACGUUUGGGCUUUGUCAUACUUUAAUUUUGGGAUCAUGUUUUGAGAAAUCUAAGAAAUACUUCGACUCAGCAAGCAAAGACAGUUUGCAUCUAUGUGGGUAGAAGUGUGGGUCUUGUCUUCUUCCUGGUUCCACUUUUGAUAGCCCAGGUGCAACUGCUGCUACUGUCAAAUCCACUAAAAGAGAUUAUACUCAAAGUGUCUGAAAUGUAAAAUAUUUAUCCAGAUGUUUGGACUUAAUAAGAAUACAAUCUCUUAUAGUUGAAAAUAAAGCUGUAUACAUUAACAUUCCUUUCUUUCCAAAUAGAAAGUUCACUCAGAGAAGCACGGUGAAUCCCAGACAACCAAGGAAGCUUUUUUAGUGGGGCCAUUCCUUAUAUAGGCUUAUAGGAUUUUGAUCUGGAAAAGACUUUAGAAAAUGAUCCAGGCCAACACCCAUAUUUUAAUAGGAAGAAACUGAGACCCAAAGAGGGCAAGGGAUUUGUCCAAGGUUAUACAGGUAGGUACAUACUAGAGAUGAUAUUCAGACCCAGAUUUUUCUGAUCCUAACUCCUGUAUAUCAGAUUAUAUUUAAUAUUCUGCUCUUAGGGGACAUCUCCACUAAUAUAUUAGAAAACUCCAGUACCAGACACCUCAGUUCAAAAUCUUGAAAUCAUUCUUAUUUCUUUUUCAUCUGCCCUUCAACUAUUUGCCACAUUUUAUCAGUUCUGACUUCACAACAUUUCUUGAAACCAUCUCUUUCCUUUCUUUCUGAUAGCCUCUAUCCUAAUUCAGGCCCUCAUCAUUUCUCAUGUGAUCUACUGCUACAGAUUCCUAAAAAUAAGCCCUAUGAGCCAGGCACUGUGCUAAGUACUAAAGAUACAAAUACAAGCAAUAAGAAAGAUAGUUUCUGCUCUCAAAAGAGCUUACAUUCUAAUGGGGGGAAGACAACCUAAAAAAGGGAGCUAAAAAACUGAAGAGGAGGCUGUGAGAUAGAGGAGGUGGAAAAGCACUCCACAAGGAAACAUGAUGGUAAAGUCUGGAGUCAGAAUCAGAUCUGAAAGAGGAUGUAGGUAGUAGGCAUGAACAAAUGGAGGUUCGUGGAGGAAUGGUGCCACAGGAGCAGUGGGAUAUUUCACAGGGAGAAGAUCACAGGGGAUGAGGGCUGAGGCAUGGUGGUAAAUGACGACCUUUUUAUAUUGAGAGUCUCACUAUGGAAUAAGCAUAAAAAGGAGGCCUCUUGAGAACCAUGAUCCUGUUAUGAGUGGCUUGUCUUGAAAUUGAAGAGGCAGGGAAGGUUAUUACCUUAGUACUUUGCCAUGAUUGCAAUCUUGUUCACUCAUUCAUUCAAUAAACAUUAAAUACCUAUU